AUGUCAGAAGCUGUCUUUCACUAUGAGCAGAAACGCUUGGAGAACGACCUUGUCCCGAAUGUCCAUGUAACAAAGUUUGUUGAGGAGAUCAAAGCCAGGCCAGAGCUUCUCAAAUAUGUUCCCUUUCCAGAAGUUCAAAAUGAUGAUGAUUUCAAAGCAGUCUAUGACAGCAUACGCGCAUCGCCCGCGGAAUGCCUAUAUGCUAUCAUCGAUAAAUCACCAGCUGUUGAAGAAUAUGCCGGAACAAUCGCACUUUAUUCCACAGACGCUGUUCACGCAGUCACAGAACUAGGUGUCCUGAUCUUCUCAGCAUUCCAACGUACCCAUGUGACAGCGAACGCGAUUGGCCUGAUCCUCCAAUACACUCUGGACCCACAGUCAGCUGGCGGCCUGGGUCUACGACGUGUAGAGUGGAAGUGUCAUUCCGAGAAUGCGGCAUCUCGGAGAGUUGCGUUGCGCAUGGGAUUCGAGUUUGAAGGUAUUGCGCGGUGGCAUCGUACAUUUGCGAUCGGUAGCUCGGCAGAGGCUCUUGCGAAGAGAAACGGGACUCAGGAGGAACUUCCAGGGAGGCAUACGGCUUCUUAUUCGAUUGUGUGGGAAGAGUGGGAUGUAAAAAGGCCGAAAGUCAUUGCACAAAUGGAGCGGAAGUACUGA